CACUUAAGGAUUUCUUCACAGGGCUGAAGCCACCCGGAUCCGAAAGGACAGAAAAUGCUUCUUCCAAAGAGACCCUUGGGGAAAUCCUGGUUGCUAUCCAGAGUGAAAUCUCAAACUUAGGGCGAAUGAAGGAUUCCAGGGAGCUCCUUCAGAUCAAUGAUAUGGUAGGAACUAUGCUGAAGGAGGUUGAGAAAAGUGAGGAUGACAGUGAACAAGUCUGCCAAGACAUCCCUAGAACCUGUUCAUCUUUGUCCACUUCUUUAAAUGGUCGUAGUUCCUUGUCCAGCUCUUCAAAGAGUCCUAGGUCAGAGUGUGAGUUAGAGAUCAACCUCCCUGGCACUCCCAUCCCUGACGAAGUGCCUUUCGAUCUGACCUGCCCCAUCGUCAGGAGCUCCUUCAUCGACACCAGGGUCUCUAAAAUGCCAGAUAUUUCUUCAAGUGACCUAAAGACAAAGAUGAUGGCACACACAGAUGAACGAUCCUCCACUCCUUCUUUCACAAGCAAGGGAACCUCUUUGGUACCAAAGGGAGAUGGGAUUGACAUUGAAGAGAAGGAAGAGUGUAUCCCCAGCAGCUCUGGCCAUCUGAGGGAGCUCUUAAUCACCCCGGACAUCAGCAGUGCCACUGCAUUCCCACUGCAGUACUUGAUGGACUCCAGCAAAGAUGAUGUCAUCUGUUUGGUCACCAUACUGGUGAUAAGGUUGCUAUCGGAGAUCAGACCCUCAGCCCUAGAUGGACCCUCCCAACAGGCAGCAGAUCUGACAGAAACAUCUCAGCAACUCAUCAGACAAGUCCUGUCUGAGUUCUGUGCUGCAUCCAGAUUCUCCAGGACAAAGGCAUAUUCCCAGAACCUGAACAUCCAAAGGGUGUUCAGAGGUGUACAUAAAAACCUCAUGGAGGAGUUUGGCUCUUAUAACACCCUGCAAGCGGCUAUUUCCUCCCAGGACCCUGCAUUUGACAGAGUCCUGGUAAAGUCCUUGACCCAGCAGCUGGUACAGGGAUGCAAGGAGGCGUCAAGACCAGCUUCUGCUGCAACAAACCCAUCAGACCAGGCUGAGACAGAGAGGGGGGCUGAGCAGAAAGCAAGAAGGAGCUUCCUUUGCUUUUCAAUGACCAAACUCAGGAUCAACUUCAAGCGUUCCAAGAGAGGAAACAAAAAGGACUGCCAUUCAGUCCAGGAACAGACUGAGAUUCCCUCUACUGAUGGACAUUGCAUAGCUCCAGUUGGAGAGGUUUCUCCCUCGAUAUCUCAGCCUGUCAAAAAACAAUCCUUGAUUGUCAGGGUCUUUUCAGCAAUGAUGAAGCCAUUCAGGCGCUUCACCAAGAAGAACCUGUAACCUCUUAAGCUGCAUGAAGAUCUACUUUUGUAACAGCAAGACUUUUGAAAAGAGGAAUUUCUGCAUGUCUACCCUUUCAAAGUCUAUUUGAUCAAAUAAAUGCAAAUUAUUUUACAAGAAUUUCAAGUGUUUUGGAAGAUUAGUAAAACUGAAGCAGCUUUUCUCAGAGAAAUGCACUAGUUCUCCCUUGGUUACACAUUUAUUGUGCAGUUUUUGAGUUGGCAGGACUUGGGGCAGCAGGUAGCCUUGUGGUUA